CCCUGGCCUCAGGCCAUGUCCUUCCCACCUCCCCCCUGGGAGCUCGACUCCCGCCCGGCAAAGCCCCUCCUUCUUUCCCUGCUCCGCCAUCUUCCAUCCUACCUCUCCGGCCCUGGAGGCCUUAGAUCACGGUCGCAUCCGCUCGGGGGACCUCCGCCGGCCAGCCACUUCCCGGAGCCGGAAGGGGGCAUCCAGAAAAAACCCAGUCCUCCUCAUUAUGCAGCCAAAGGCCCCCACCCCCUUCCCGGCUCCAAGCCAGAGCCUGACCCAGCGGUCGCACAUGCGCACAGGCUUCCUCGGCGCUACCUACGAGGUGGCUGCCAUCUGUUUGGAGGCAACAUGGCAGCCCUCCGGCCCCUGGUGAAGCCCAAGAUCGCCAAAAAGAGGACCAAGAAGUUCAUCAGGCACCAGUCAGACCGAUAUGUCAAAAUCAAGCGAAACUGGCGGAAACCCAGAGGUAUCGACAACAGGGUUCGGAGAAGAUUCAAGGGCCAGAUCCUGAUGCCCAACAUUGGUUAUGGGAGCAACAAGAAAACUAAGCACAUGCUGCCCAGCGGCUUCCAGAAGUUUCUGGUCCACAAUGUCAAAGAGCUGGAGGUGCUGCUGAUGUGCAACAAGUCUUACUGUGCUGAGAUUGCUCACAAUGUGUCCUCCAAGAACCGGAAAGCCAUCGUAGAAAGAGCAGCACAGCUGGCCAUCAGAGUGACCAAUCCCAACGCCAGGCUGCGCAGUGAAGAGAAUGAGUAGAUGGCUUGUGUCCGUGUUUUAUUUGUGUUUAAAAUAAAACCACAAAAACUGCCAUCUUGAUAA